ACAGGUAGAUAUUAAAAAAAACAAAACAAAAUACUUCCUGGAUGAUAUUUUGUCAUAACUAUGAUUAGGAAUUUCAAAUGGAUAAACCUCUUGGUGAUUAUAAUAUUUGUGGUGGUAACAGAUUUAAUUCUUUGUAGUAAUGAAGGGAUUACGUGUAGUUUUGAAGUAGACCUUUGUGGAUGGAGCAGUGACAAUUGGAUAAGAAGAACCAAAUCUAAAUUUGAUUCAUCAGGUCCACAAGCUGCUGCAGAUGGAAUGUAUUUUAUUCAAAUUGAUAGCGAGAUCCCUGAAAGAAUUUCAACUCUGAAAAUAGGUUUCAGUAAGCCAAACGGCGAUUCAUGUUUGAAAUUCAGGCACCAUUUGUAUGGAGAUUUCUCAAGGGAUUUAAAGUUUGGUUACUAUGAAGCCAGUGGAGUUCUUCAAGUUGUUAAUAUUAUCAAUAAAAAAGAGAAUUUCUGGGGUUGUUCGACCUUUGUUCUGUCAAAUUUGCCAAGUCAAGCUCAAGGAAUAUUCUUCCAAGCCCAAACAGGGGCAAAUGCAUUCAGUAUAAUUGCCCUGGAUAAUAUAACACUUAACCUAGGAAAUGGAUGCAGCAAUAACGGAGAUUGUCCGGCACCAAAACAUUCUACAACUACCACAAAACAACCAACGACUGUGGCACCAACAAGGGAAACACCAGGUCCAUCUAAUGAACUAUGGUACAUAGUUGGUGGAGCUUGUGGAGGGGUAGUCUUAUUGGCUAUUAUUAUUUCCAUUUUAUGUAUUGUAAAAAGAAGGCGAGGUAGGAUAAACAUUCCAGAACUACCAUCUGCAUCAUUUAUAAACAAUAUCAACAGCAGACAACUUCCAGCCAUACCUUGUGACCAAAAUAUAAGUAAUGGAUCAAUUAUGUCGAUAGCCGAAUCAUACGACAGAAAAUUUUCAAUACAGCCUACACCAGAUCCUAUCAUGUUAAAAAAUCACGAGGUUUGGAGAAACGAGCACGUGCCAACACAGCCUAUAUAUCCUAUCAUGUUAAAAAAUGACGAGGUUUGGAAAAACGAGCACGUGCCAACAGAAACUGAUAACAAUCGCGUAGCAUCAACAGACUAUACAGACAUAUUGGAAGCAAGUCCAGUUAGGGAAACUAAUAAUGACCCUAGUGAUUAUAUUCAUGUACCACCGGAUUAUCCAAAUGAUGAUGAAACAUCACAAAAAGACUAUGAUGUACCAGAGGAAGAAAAUCAGGCAAAUGAAAUGGAUAAUAAUGCUAAAAUGGAACAUACUGAGAUAAAGAAAGAUCAUAUUUAUAUGAAUGAGCCCGAUGAUGACUAUUUAGAACCAAUUAAUGUUCUAGUAGAGUCAAUUCGUGCACCCGAUAAUCAAUACGAAUCAGAUCCAACGCAGAAGGGUAGUAUAAGUAAUACUUUACCAGUUAAACUUUGUGUUGCCCCAUUUACAGAGGAACACCAGGUACACCUAGACAUUCCAAAAAUACCUGUUAUGAAUAGAGAGAAGUAUCAUCUGAAUUCUGAAAGUACAGAGAACACAGAUGACGACUACGAUGAUGCUGUGACGGCAUUAGGCGGUAAUACUACUGAAAACAGUGAUCAAGGUGAACUUUAUGACAAUUCUGUGGGGGGACAAGGCAAUAAUUCAAAAAAUAGUGAUAAAGAGGACUAUUUCGAUAUGAAAGAAAAUCGGCAAGAUGAAGACUAUAUCACACCAACAAUAGAUACUAAUGACAAUUCUGAGGGUGGCCAAGACAAUAAUUCAUUAAAUAGUGAUAAAGAGGAUUAUUUCGAUAUGAAAGAAACGCGGCAAGAUGAAGACUAUAUCACACCAACAAUAGAUACUUAUGAUAAUUCUGAGAGUGGCCAAGACAAUAAUUCAUUAAAUAGUGAUAAAGAGGAUUAUUUAGAAAUGACAGAAAAGUCGCAAGAUGAAGACUAUGUGAAACAAACCAUAAAUACAAGUUGAUAUUUACUAACACUUUCUUGGUAUACCUGCUGAGCAUUUAAACAGAAUAAGUAUUUCAAAAACUUCUA